UUAUAUAUUUAGACAAGUCAACAUCUUUAUUAAUUAUUCUAUUCCAUAGUUCCAUCCCUUCCUUCAAAUAGAUUAGGAUACUACUUUUCCAUAUCUCGAAAAAGUUGUUACAUUUUAAAAAUUUAUACGGAGUAAUAACUACGAAUAUUUCCCCCAAAAUAUCACGACUUAGAUUAAGUAUAGGAGUCCGAGUCAUAAAGAGAAGUAAUUUUGUGGAUGUCACACUGAAUUCGCCCAAGUUGGAGCGAUUAGAGUGUCACUUUGAUGAAUCUUCCGAGAAAGGGUGUACUUUUGCUUUUAGAGGUACGCAACUUGGCUAUUUUUUCCAGUCCCAUAGAAUACACCAUGAUAACACAUUAACAACCGAACAAGUUGCACGAACGUACGUAUAAAAAUAAGGAAAUUAAAAGUUGUGGAAAUUGUGAGUUUCCUGCUUUAUGCGUCAAAUGCUCUGCUCAUAAUUUAAUUUCCAGUUCGUUUUCCACAAGCAAUCAUCACAACAACCACCCGCCUACUACGCUGUGUUACAUUGGAUCAAAUCAAGCUUUAAUCUAUGACUUCUGUACAUCUGCUGUUUUUCCUGUGCUGCUACUUGAGUACAAUUUGCAUUGCCAUAAACAACAUCACAACAUCAAUUUUCCUUGAAGAUGAUGAAUCUAUAAUCUCAAACAAUGGUGAAUUCAAGCUGGGAUUCUUCAGUCCCACGAAUAGCACAAACCGGUAUAUUGGAAUCUGGUUUAAUAAGGUACCUACAAAAGAUGUUUUCUGGGUAGCAAACAGGAAUAAACCCCUUAAUGAUUCCUCUGGUGUAAUGAAAAUAUCAGCAGAUGGAAAUCUGCAAGUCUUGAAUGGCAGAAAUAACAUCCUCUGGUCAUCAAAUAUGUCUAAUAAUGCCUCUUCAGCACAACUUCUGGAUUCUGGGAAUCUUGUUCUGUUAACAUAUAACAGGACAAUGAUUUGGCAAAGCAUUGAUCACCCUACAGAUUCACUCAUGCCAAACACAAAAUUAACCAUUACAAAUUCUAACAUGAAGAAUGCUUUACAGCCAUGGAAGGGACCUUCUGACCCAUCAUAUGGUAGAUUUUCAGUAGGAACAGACUCUUUUACUCAUUCCCAAGUAGUAAUCUGGGAUGGUGAUCGCCCACAUUGGCGUAGUGGACCAUGGAAUGGUAAUAUAUUUCUAGGAUUAGUGUAUACAGAUGAAGCUAGAAACUAUGCUAACACCUAUAUUCGCCAAAAUGACAGAGAUGUGACUGUUGACUUUGUAUAUACUGGUGCAAGUACUCUGGCCUAUUCACACUACUCUUUCAGCUAUGAUGGAACAAUAAGUGAGAAAUGGUGGGAUGGAAGUAAAUGGCAGUAUGUUUGGGGUGCACCAGUAACAGAAUGUGACAUGUAUGGUUACUGUGGAUCAUUUGGAACCUGUAACCCUUCAAACUCACCUGUGUGUAGAUGUCUGAAAGGGUUUAUACCGAGAAAUCCAGAGGAAUGGAGGAGAGGAAACUGGUCUUCUGGGUGUGUUCGAAGGGUGAUGUUACAAUGUGCUAUUCAAGGUAGUAAAGAAGAUGGAUUUUUACAGCUAAGGAAUGUCAAAGUGCCAGACCGUACAGAGUGGUCAGUGGGAUUAAACCAGGUUGAUUGCAGAAGUCAAUGCUUAAAUAACUGUUCUUGUUUAGCUUAUGCUUAUGAUGCUGGUGCUGGGUGUAUGUACUGGAGUAAAGACUUGAUUGAUAUUCAGGAGUUUCCUAGUGGUGGGUUGGAGCUUUAUCUUCGUCUUCCACAUUCAGAGCUAGGUACUGGUAACAGGCAAAAAGUUAUUAUAGUGGUGACAGCUAUCAUAGGCACAAUUGGUGUUGCUGCUUCAAUAUAUGUCCUGUGGAGAUUAAUGUCUCAAAGAAAAGUUCGAAGGAAGAAGAAAGAACAGCAUGAGAAUUUCAAGAAUGAUGGGAAUGGGUACCAAAAUCAACUCGAAGAGUUACCAUUGUUUGAAUUCAAAAGGCUUGCAAUGGCCACAAAUGACUUUCAAGAUAGCAACAAACUUGGACAAGGAGGUUUUGGUCCUGUGUAUAAGGGGACUUUGGAAGAUGGAGUACAAAUCGCGGUGAAAAGACUUUCUGCUGCUUCAGGACAAGGCUUAGAAGAGCUCAUGAAUGAAAUAUUGGUUAUCUCUAAACUUCAGCACAGGAAUCUUGUGAAACUUUUAGGUGGUUGUGUAGAAAACAAUGAAAAAAUGCUGAUUUAUGAGUACAUGCCUAAUAAGAGCCUGGACUUCUUCCUGUUUGACCCUGACAAGCGAGAGCUUCUGAACUGGGAGAAACGAUUCACCAUCAUUGAAGGAAUAAGUAGAGGUCUUGUUUAUCUUCAUAGAGAUUCUAGGUUAAGGAUUAUUCACAGAGAUCUAAAAGCAAGCAACAUUUUGUUGGAUGAAGAUCUUAUCCCUAAAAUUUCAGACUUUGGAAUGGCACGUAUCUUCAGUCAAAAACAGGAUCAAGAUAACACUAGAAGGGUCGUUGGAACAUAUGGGUACAUGUCUCCUGAGUAUGCAAUGGAAGGUCACUUCUCUGAAAAAUCAGAUGUGUACAGCUUUGGGGUGUUGCUGCUGGAGAUAAUGACUGGUAAAAAGAAUAACAGCUUUUGGUUGGAUGAGCAAUCACUGACCCUUCUAGGUUAUGUGUGGAAACUAUGGAAUGAAGAUGCCCUUAAGUCUGUAAUUGAUCCAUUAAUCACUGAACCAGACUUUUCACCAGAGAUUUUGAGGUGCAUUCAUGUGGGACUAUUAUGUGUGCAAGAAUUUCCAGGAGAUAGACCCAACACUUCAACACUAUUGUCAAUGAUAGUGAGUGAUAUUGUAGAUCUUCCGAGUCCUAAGCAACCCGGAUUCACCAGAAGGUUGGUUUCUUCUGACACUGAGUCGACUCAGUCACGCGGGCAACAGAGUUCAGCUUCCAGUAAUUAUGUCUCAAUUACUCAUUUGUCAGGCAGAAUUUGGAGUUUCGCCAUGGCUGGGGGACGGUGGAAAAAGAAUUCUGGUGUAGUAUCUUCUUCUAGUGAAGUAGAUGAAAAUAGGGCCUCUUUGGAGAGGCCGAGGGAAGCUUCUCCCGAGGUUAAAGCUAAGGAGCGCUCGGGUGGUGAAGCUCGUGCUGAGUCGAGUCGAGGGGUCGGAAUUACUGGUCGCUUUCCCGUUCGUCCUCUCUUUCCGAGGCGUUGGGAGGAGGCGGAUCCUUUGGGGAGACUUACGCCUCUUUUCAAUGAUAAAACCGAUAUUGCUGGUCCUGAUGGUACGGAAGUUGAUGUGAACUGGUUGGUGGAAGCGAGGAAAGGGCACUAUCAUCGCUUGGCCGAGGACCUUUAUGAAGCAUGUGAGGGAACUCGCCCUCCUCCUGGCUUUAUUGCCGUAUAUCUUCAUCACUUUGACUACGGGCUUCGGUUCCCUCUGGAUCCGUUUAUUGCUCGUUUACUGAAUGAGUACAACAUCUCGUUGGCUCAGUUGACGUCGAAGUCUAUGCGUCACAUUAUCAGGUACCGUUGGAUGUGUGACUACCUCAGUUAUCCACCUUCUAUUGAGGUCUUCCAGGAGAUGCAUGAGCUCGUGAGGAAUUCGAACGAUGCUCAUGGUUGGUGGACCAUUACUAACAAAAGGUCUCGGAAAGGCAAGAGAAAUUAUCUGAACGUGUUCCCCUAUGUAUCCUCGGUUCAUGAGUGGAAAACGCACUUGCUCUUAGUUCGGGUGCCUGUUGAUCCGAAGCACUCUUACUACUACUCGCCUCCAAAAUGGUUCGUGAGGGUGGAUCCGACGAUGUCGAGGGUUGGAUCUGUCGAUCCAGAAAACACGGACCACGUUGUUCUGCUGGAAUGGUUCGAGCGAGAACAUCUAGGGAGCCUGAAGCAAGGUGAAGUUGUUGUUGAUUCCGAGGUGCUUGGCUAUAAGACGGACGACAACGAGAUUCUCGUCCGUUGUCCACCACACGAUUUUAUAAAGAGUGUUCUGUACUUCUGUAUCACAUGCAUAGAGAUUAGAGAGUCACAAAGUGCAUCUAUGACUUCUGCAUAUCUUCUAUUUUUCCUGUGCUGCUACUUGAGUACAAUUUGCAUUGCCAUAAACAACAUCACAGCAUCAAUAUUCCUUGAAGAUGAUGAAUCUAUAAUCUCAAACAAUGGUGAAUUCAAGCUGGGAUUCUUCAGCCCCACGAAUAGCACAAACCGGUAUAUUGGGAUCUGGUUUAAUAAGGUACCUACAAAAGAUGUUUUCUGGGUAGCAAACAGGAACAACCCCCUAAAAGAUUCCUCUGGUUUAAUGAAAGUAUCUUCAGAUGGAAAUCUGCAAGUCUUGAAUGGCAGAAAUGACAUUCUUUGGUCAUCAAAUAUGUCUAAUAAUGCCACCUCUUCUGUAUCAGCACAACUUCUGGAUUCUGGAAAUCUUGUUCUGUUAACAUACAACGAGACAAUGAUUUGGCAAAGCAUUGAUCACCCUACAGAUUCACUCAUGCCAAACACAAUACUAACCAUUACAAAUUCAAACAUAAAGAAUGCUUUACAGUCAUGGAAGGGACCUUCUGACACAUCAUAUGGGAGAUUUUCAUUAGGAACAGACUCUUUUACUCAUUCUCAAGUAGUUAUCUGGGAUGGUGAUCGCCCACAUUGGCGUAGUGGUCCAUGGAAUGGUAAUAUAUUUCUAGGAUUAGUGUAUACAGAUGAAGCUAGAAACUAUGCUAACACCUAUAUUCGCCAAAAUGACAGAGAUGGGACGGUUGACUUAGUGUAUGCUGGUGCAAGUACUCUUGCCUAUUCACACUACUCUUUCAGCUAUGAUGGAACAAUAAGUGAGAAAUGGUGGGAUGGAAGUAAAUGGCAGUAUGUUUGGGGUGCACCAGUAACAGAAUGUGACAUGUAUGGUUACUGUGGAACAUUUGGAACCUGUAACCCUUCAAACUCACCUGUUUGUAAAUGUUUAAAAGGGUUUAUACCGAGAAAUCCAGAGGAAUGGAGGAGAGGAAACUGGUCUUCUGGGUGUGUUCGAAGGGUGAUGUUACAAUGUGGUAUUCAAGGUAGUAAAGAAGAUGGAUUUGUACAGCUAAGGAAUGUCAAAGUGCCAGACCUUACAGAGUGGUCAGUGGGAUUAAACCAGGUUGAUUGCAGAAGUCAAUGCUUAAAUAACUGUUCUUGUUUAGCUUAUGCUUAUGAUGCUGGUGCUGGGUGUAUGUACUGGAGUAAAGACUUGAUUGAUAUUCAGGAGUUUCCUAGUGGUGGGUUGGAUCUUUUUCUUCGUCUUCCACAUUCAGAGCUAGGUACCGGUAACAGGCAAAUGGUUAUUGUAAUGGUGACAGCUAUUAUAGGCACAAUUGGAGUUGCUGCUUCAAUAUAUGGUCUAUGGAGAUUAAUGUCUCAAAGAAAAGUUCGAAGGAAGAAGAAAGAACAGCUAGAUAAUUUCAAGAAUGAUGGGAAUGGGUACCAAAAUCAACUUGAAGAGUUACCAUUGUUUGAAUUCAAAAGGCUUGCAAUGGCCACAAAUGACUUUCAAGAUAGCAACAAACUUGGACAAGGUGGUUUUGGUCCUGUGUACAAGGGGACUUUGGAAGAUGGAGUACAAAUCGCGGUGAAAAGACUUUCUGCUGCUUCAGGACAAGGCUUAGAAGAGUUCAUGAAUGAAAUAUUGGUCAUCUCUAAACUUCAGCACAGGAAUCUUGUGAAACUUUUAGGUGGUUGUGUAGAAAACAAUGAAAAAAUGCUGAUUUACGAGUACAUGCCUAAUAAGAGCUUGGACUUCUUCCUGUUUGACCCUGACAAGCGAGAGCUUCUGAACUGGGAGAGACGAUUCACCAUCAUUGAAGGAAUAAGUAGAGGUCUUGUUUAUCUUCAUAGAGAUUCUAGGUUAAGGAUUAUUCACAGAGAUCUAAAAGCAAGCAACAUUUUGUUGGAUGAAGAUCUUAUCCCUAAAAUUUCAGACUUUGGGAUGGCACGUAUCUUCAGUCAAAAACAGGAUCAAGAUAACACUAGAAGGGUAGUUGGAACAUAUGGGUAUAUGUCUCCUGAAUAUGCAAUGGAAGGCCACUUCUCCGAAAAAUCAGACGUGUACAGCUUUGGUGUGUUGCUGCUGGAGAUAAUGACUGGUAAAAAGAACAACAGCUUUUGGUUGGAUGAGCAAUCACUGACCCUUCUAGGAUAUGUGUGGAAACUAUGGAAUGAAGAUGCCCUUAAGUCUGUAAUUGAUCCAUUAAUCACUGAUGCAGUCUUUUCACCAGAGAUUUUGAGGUGCAUUCAUGUGGGACUAUUAUGUGUACAAGAAUUUCCCGGAGAUAGACCCAACACUUCAACACUAUUGUCAAUGAUAGUGAGUGAUAUUGUAGAUCUUCCGAGUCCUAAGCAACCCGGCUUUACCAGAAGGUUGGUUUCAUCCGACACUGAGUCGACUCAGUCACGCGGCCAACAGAGUUCAGCUUCGCCUUCCAGUAAUUAUGUCUCAAUUACUCAUAUGUCAGGCCGAUAAUCUUCUGUACUAUUGUAAAGGAAUCAGUCAAUAUAGUUUCAUGUAAAUGAAAUAGUUUCUUGUAAUAUUCCUCAUUAUAUCACGUUGAGAAGAAGUUCGAACUGGUGUAGCAAAUACUUUUUGUACAGUUACUUCUUCUCAACCACAGAGUAAUUUUGUGCCAAUCUUAUAAAACUUUGAUUGAAAUUCUCUCAAAAGAAAAGGUUUAGUUGUCCUGGUUCUUGAUUGUAUGUCUGGAAU